UCGGCCUAUUCUCCAGGUAUAGUUCAGUACAGACUACAGGCUCGACCUAUUCUCCAGGUAUAGUUCAGUACAGACUACAGGUUCGACCUAUUCUCCAGGUAUAGUUCAGUACAGAUUACAGGUUCGGCCUAUUCUCCAGAAAAAAGAAAAAGUUUGAAGCUUUUCAGAUAAAACUUUAAACAAAAUGGAGAAAAAUGAGGGAGAAAAAUCCGUUGUGUCUUUUAAGAAUAUAGGGAGAGAUGAUAGUAAGGAUGAAUUGGAACGGGAGGACAGCAACGACGACAUUAAAUCUCCUAACGAAGACGACAAUAAAACAAAGGUUGUGAAAUCUACGAGUAAUCUUUUUGAAGCCUUGCACGCUGGAAGGCCAAAGGACGAGGAACCUCAUGUGAAGAAAACGAUUAAGAAUAAAAAAGAGAAAACUGAAUAUAUUCUUAGAGUUGAUACGGAUGAACUUGGAAUAGCUGAAGAUGAAUUUGAAGAUCUUCAAAGUCUUUUUCAGUUGUUUGACCAUGAUAUGGACGGAGUACUUAGUAUCCGAGAAGCAUGCAGAAUGCUCAACUGCCUGGGUUUCCCAUCAAAAGAGGAACAGAUAAAGAAUGUAGUUGGAGCUGUGAGUAUCGAUAAAACUGGAUUUUCUCUCUCCUUUAACGAGUUCAUUUCUCUGGUUUCGAUUAAACGAAGAGAGGAUCCGAAUCAAGAAGCGCUAAUGCAGGUCUUCAAAACUUUUGACGACGGAGACGAUGGACGCAUUCAAGAGAUAAAGUUCAGGCAGAUAAUGAAAGGACAACAGGGUCUUGAACCUGAUGAGGUGGAUCUCAUGAUUCAAGAAUACUUUACGUUCACAGGAGAAAAUAGAGAAGAGGAUAAAAGUUUAAACUUUAUCAAUUAUGCCGAGUUUGUGGCAAUGCUGCAAGGAUAACUGCUCAAAAAAGGGAAAAAGUGGAAUUCGAAUUUUCAAGAAUUCUUUCUAAAAAUUGCUCAUUCGUAUCAAAGAUUUAACGUUUUCUUUGUUUCUUUUUUUCGAAUUCAUAUCUUUCUGAUUUUCUUUCUGCUUUUAAUGAUUUAUAAAAAAGGAUGUAUACGAAAUGAAUAUGUGUGUAAAGUGCAUAAAUAUUUAGUUUUUCCAAAAUUGCUCAAAAUAAAUUUAAUACAAAUUUAU